AUGAAAAGAAAGAACACAUAUAUUGAUGAACAGGAAAACAAGUUAUCUUCAAUACUCUUUAGUAAAUCAAAGAAAUUUUCUGAAAAACUAUCAAAAGAAGUUGAGACAUUCAAUGAUGAAGAACAUAAACCACAUCAGAAAUUACAACCAGUCCCUGUGGAAGACUAUUGGCAACAGGUAGUGGAGAAGGCUCUAGACCAAGGA